AUGGUGAUUAAACAAUAUUAUAGAACUCCAGCAUUAUCAAAAUCAUCAUUAAAUGAUUUAACAACCAAAUUACAAAGACAUGGAGUAAAGGAUUUGGUAUCGAUUGAAUCAGAGUUUUGUUUCAACGUCCAAAUGCCAGACACUGUCCAAAUGAACAAGGAACAAGUUGAUAUAUUGGAAUGGUUAUUAUCAGAGACUUUUGAACGUCAAUUGUUUGGUGAAACCUCCUUCCUUUCAUCAACAUCAUCAGUUGUCAUUGAAGUUGGACCAAGAAUGAACUUUACAACCACUUAUUCUACCAAUGCCACAUCGAUUUGUCAAGCUUGUAGAUUAGAGUUUGUAGAGCGUAUAGAACGUUCACGUAGAUACCGUUUGGUUUUGGCCGAUGGUGUUGAAAAGCUUAGUCUGGAACACCUUCAAAUCUGUAUCGACGAGGUACACGACAGAAUGACAGAAUGUCUCUAUCCAACACCAAUCAAAUCAUUUGCUCCAGGUGUCGUUCCAAAACCAGUACAAUGGAUUCCACUCAUGGAAGAGGGUCGUCAAGCUCUUGAACGUGUCAACAAGGAUAUGGGUCUAGCUUUUGAUGAACAUGAUCUUUCACUCUAUUGUGAUCUAUUCAUUAAUCAAUUAAAACGUAAUCCAACAGAUGUUGAAUGUUUUGAUAUUGGUCAAUCAAAUAGUGAACAUUCAAGACAUUGGUUCUUUAAUGGUAAAUUAAUUAUUGAUGGAGUACCAACACAAAAAACAUUAUUCCAAAUUGUUAAAGAUACAUUAAAAGCAAAUCCAAAUAAUUCUUUAAUUGCUUUUUGUGAUAAUUCAAGUGCUAUUACAGGAUUUAAAACAAAAGUAUUAAUACCAAAAACACCAAUUGAUUCAUCACCAUAUGAAAUUGGGGAAAGAGAACAACCAAUUAUAUUUACAGCAGAGACACAUAAUUUCCCAUCUGGUGUAGCUCCAUUCCCAGGUGCAGAGACUGGUACAGGUGGUAGAAUUAGAGAUACACAUGCAACUGGUAGAGGAUCACUUGUUGUUGCUGGUACUGUAGGUUAUUGUGUUGGUAACCUCAACAUUGAGGAUUAUGACUUGCCAUGGGAAUCAAAGGAUUUCAAGUAUCCAGAGAAUUUGGCCAAUCCACUAAAGAUCGAGGUGGAAGCGUCCAAUGGUGCAUCAGACUAUGGUAACAAGUUUGGUGAACCUGUUAUCGUUGGUUUUACCCGUUCAUUUGGUUUGAGAAACGAGGAUGGUGAACGUCGUGAAUGGAUCAAGCCAAUUAUGUUUUCGGGUGGUUUGGGUGCAAUGGAUGAACGUCAUCUUAAAAAGGAACAACCUGAAAAGGGUAUGGUGGUGGUCAAGGCUGGUGGUCCUGCUUACCGUAUUGGUAUGGGUGGAGGUGCCGCCUCGUCAAUGGUUGGUGGUGACAAUAAGGUCGAGUUGGACUUUUCGGCCGUGCAAAGAGGUGAUGCCGAGAUGGGUCAGAAACUCAACCGUGUCGUGCGUGCCUGUGUAGAGAAUGAAAUGUUCCAACACUUGAACCCAAUCGUCAGUGUACACGACCAGGGUGCAGGUGGUGCAGGCAAUGUAUGCAAAGAGAUUGUUGAUCCGUUGGGGGCUGUCAUUCACCUCGACCGUUUCAACGUAGGAGAUCCAACCUUGUCGGCGAUGGAGAUUUGGGGUGCCGAGUAUCAAGAACAAGACGCUCUGUUGAUGCGUGCCGAGCACCGUCCUUUCCUCGAGCAGUUGAGCAAGCGUGAGCGUCUGCCAGUCGCCUUUGUCGGCGACGUCACUGGUGACGGACAGGCUGUCCUCGUCGACGACCGUACUGGACAGACACCCGUCAACCUUCCACUUGAAAAGAUUCUUGCAAAGAUGGAGCCAAAGACAUUCCACAUGGACAGAAUCGCUCCAAAACUAGCUCCACUUGUUUUACCAGCCAAUCUUACAGUGCCACAGGCAUUGGAACGUGUACUACGUUUACUUGCAGUUGGUUCGAAGCGUUUCCUUACCAACAAGGUCGAUAGAGCUGUAACGGGCUUGGUUGCACGCCAACAAUGCGUCGGUCCACUCCACACUCCAUUGUCCAACGUCGGUAUCAUUGCGAGUGGGUAUUUUGGCGUGACAGGCGCUGCUACAUCGGUUGGUGAGCAGCCCAUCAAGGGACUGAUCAGUCCACAAGCAAUGGCAUACUUGACCGUCGGUGAAGCACUCACCAAUCUCGUGUGGGCUCAAAUCUCUGCACUCGAAGAUGUAAAGUGUUCGGGCAACUGGAUGUGGGCUGCCAAACUCAAGGGUGAAGGUGCACGUCUCUAUGACGCAGCCGUCGCCAUGCACGAUGCCAUGGUAGAACUUGGAAUCGCCAUUGACGGUGGCAAGGAUAGUUUGAGUAUGGCUGCUCGUGCUCCAUCCUCUACACCAGGUACACCAGACGAGCUUGUCAAGGCACCAGGUGCAUUGGUCGUCUCAACCUAUGUUCGUUGUACCGAUAUCACCGCCACCAUCACUCCAGACCUCAAACUCUACAACCAGGAUGACUCUGCUCUCAUCUAUAUUGAUUUGGGUGCAGGAAACAACUUCCUCGGAGGUAGUGCACUCGCCCAAGUAUUUGGUCAAAUUGGUAACGACCAACCACACCAAGACGUACAACUCGUCAAACGUUUCUUUAACGCCAUUCAACACCUUGUACGUGAACGUCUCAUCACUGCUGGUCACGACCGUAGUGACGGUGGUCUCAUCACCACCCUCAUCGAAAUGGCACUUGCCGGCAACCGUGGUAUAUCCGUCUCACUCUCUGCCACAGAGAAUAUCUUUAAACUACUCUUUUCCGAAGAAUUGGGUGCAGUUGUCGAAUGCAAGCGUGCCGACCAACAAAAGGUAAUGGAAAUUUUACAAGAUGCUCGUAUCCCAUCUUAUUAUAUCGGUCAUACCAAUGUCUCUGGUAAAACAUCAGACAGAGUAACAGUCAAAGUUGGUGAUCAAAUAGUAUUGGAUGAAGCAUUAGAGACUGUAUCAUUUUGGUGGGAGGAAACAUCGUAUCGUUUGGAAAAGUUACAAGCUGAACACGCUAGUGUAGAGUCUGAAUUUAACGAGCUUCAAAAACGUGUCAAACAAGGUAAUGGAAAAGGACCAAAUUACAAGAUGUCAUUCAAAGCACAACCAUCUGCCGUAUCUGUAGACACAUCGAUUGUACUUAGUUCAGCACCCAAGGUUGCUAUCAUUCGUGAAGAAGGUAGCAAUGGAGACAGAGAGAUGGCUGCCGCUUUUACAUUGGCCGGUUUCCAAGCAUGGGACAUUACCAUGUCUGAUCUACUCGACGGACGUAUCCAACUCGACCAACGAUUCCGUGGUGUUGCCUUUGUUGGUGGUUUCUCGUAUGGUGAUGUCUUGGACAGUGCCAAGGGAUGGGCUGGCAGCAUCCGUUUCAACCAAUCGGUUGCCAAGCAAUUUGACGCCUUUUAUGACCGUCCAGACACCUUUUCACUCGGUCUCUGCAACGGUUGUCAAUUGAUGGCUCUACUCGGAUGGGUUCCGUGGAGAGGAAUUGCCGACCAACUCCAACCACGUUUUAUCCACAAUGCAUCGGGAAGAUUCGAGUCGCGUUGGAUUACCGUCUCGAUUGCCGAGAGCAAGGCUGUUUUACUCAAGGGUAUGGAGGGAUCCGUCUUGGGUUGCUGGGCACAACAUGGCGAGGGCCGUGCCUACUUUCCAGACCCAGACACUCUCAAGCAAAUCAAACAACUCGGGCUUGCACCAGUCCGUUAUGUCGAUGACUCUUGCCAACCAACUGAAACCUAUCCACACAAUCCAUCUGGCACCCCAGAAGGUAUUGCUGGUCUCUGCUCCAAAGACGGUCGUCAUCUUGCACUCAUGCCUCAUCCAGAACGUUCCUUUAUGUCUUGGCAAUGGCCUUGGAUGCCAGAACACAUUCAAACUCAAGUUGGUGGUCUCAAUCAACCAAGUCCUUGGUUGAAAAUCUUCCAAAAUGCUAAAUCUUUUGUUGACAACAGUACUGUUAAACAAUAA